AUGCUGGUUGUAGACUGAGCCUUUUUUCCGUUCGUGGCCACAGUGGUGUUUGUAAACUGCUUUAGCCAAAACGAAUAUUUUCCCUUUAGUUCUUUUGUAGCUGAGCACAGUUCACAGCGCUGUGAAGGGCAGAAUUAUUCAUGCACGAUCUGGAAUCUGUCCGUGGCUGUAAACUGGACGUUGUAAAUAGUUUAUUUUCGCUGCCUGGGUAACAGCGGUCCGCUGCUGCUGUGUAGCUUCAGCCACUCUGUGUUACUGCAGCAGACUGAGAGAGAGAGAGACAGAGACAGACACAGCGAGAGAGAGAGAGAGAGAGAGAGAGAGAGAGACAGACACAGCGAGAGAGAGAGAGAGACAGACAGACACAGCGAGCGAGAGAAAGAGCGGCAUGCCGCCUGCUGCGGCCGAGCACGUAAAGGCUCAACGCUGACGGACUCCGCACCUGUGAACCUACGUGUGAGGUAGCCAGCGUCAUAGAGCUGAAGAUCAUUUCCUAAGAAAAGCAAUGGCGUUCAGGAGAGAUAGGAACAUCCGAGAGAUGUAUGAGGAGCGUUUCCAUCCAGAAAGAGCUGCCCCAUAUCAAAGAGGAGUUGGUGGGGAAAGAAGACCCGGUUUCGGACGUCCUGAUGACGACUAUGGUCGAGGCUUUGACGGCCCUCGCUUUUACCCAAAUGGUGCUCCCCGAAACUACCAUGGUGAAGAUCAGAGGGGUUAUCAUGGUGACAGCCAUCAUUCAUUCAGUAAUGAACCUAGAGGUGGCCCACCUGGUCGGAGGCAGGAUGACUACCCGUAUUACAGAGGGCCCAGAGAGGAGCCUCAUUCCGGACGCCAAGUGGAUUUCAGAGGCAGUAGUCGAGUGGGUCCUCCUCCCAGCACUCGAGUACAGGGCUCUUACCCUGCUCCCAGAUCCCUGUCAGCUCUGGGCCCUGACCCAGGAGACGACACACUAAUACAGGCCAUUAUGAACCUGGACCGUGGGGAGGAGAGGGAAGGUCUACGGCGUAAAGCGCCCUUUCCACCAGUGCGGGACCGCUCCCCUGUCCGGCGGGAUGUCCCCCCUUCCCCUCACAGCCGCUCUGGAUCCAGCAUCAGCAGCCGUAGCUACUCCCCUGACAGGGGCAAGACCCACCAGUACCAGCCUCCUCAGGGAAAAAGUAUGGAUUUUCCUCAUAAUCAUCCAGUCUUUCCAAAGGAGAGUGCUCAGUGGUGGGGAUUUCCCUGCACUCAAACCAAAGACUAUGCAGGGGGGUUUGAAGAACCGUAUGGCCCAAGCAGAAGUGCUGACAGGGACAGAGCCCCAGGGCCCUCGGUGAGCGCAUCCCGAGAUGGAUCACCCCACAGCUCUGUGUCAGCCUCCAAGGAGGAGAUACCAGUGAUGGAGGGUCCGACAGAUGAACCAUUGGCUGCUACGGAUGAAGGUUCCACAAUUAUGGAUGACUUCCAUGAGCGGCGAUCUCAGGCCAUCGCAGCCAAAGCUCGGGAAAUCGAGAAGGUAUAUCGUCAGGACUGUGAGACAUUUGGGAUGGUGGUGAAGAUGCUAGUUGCCAAGGAGCCUAGUCUGGAGAAGCACCUGCAGACCCCUCUGAAAGAGAACUUGAGUGAGAUCCGCGAGCGGUGUCUCGAGGACCUGCGGCACUUCAUCUCUGAACUGGACGAGGUUGUACGGCAGCCAGAACCCACUGCUUGAUGUGAAUGCUGGAGCGAGGACCUUCAGGACUGUAGUCUGGAGGUUUGGGACUCUGUGAGAGCGAGAUGUUAUCUUCCCUGUUCAUCACAAAAAAAGGUUGACUGUUGAACUUCAGUGAUGAAUCCAGGGUCAACAUAAAACUAGUCUUCUAAGAGGACCGCCGAGAGAGUAUGAAAAAGAAAAAAAAACAACAGGCAAGACUUGAUGUGUCUGAAACUGACAGUAAGAAUUAAUGUUUACUUUAUACAUACAGUUUGUGUCGUAAGGGUCAAUUUUUGGUCUUUUCAUUUUGAUAUUAAACCUCAAUAGUACUGACUGAGUAUUCAUUCAGAAGGUUGCACAGGCAGUUCUGGCAGAUAUUUUCUGGAAUAAUCAUUGUUACAUUUUUUGAAGCAGAGAUCCUGGGGUGCUUUGUGCCAUUUUUGCAGCGCCACCACGUCUGAAUAUACUGGUACAUAAAUUUAAAAUACUUUGUGUCAUUUUCAAAUGUUCAAAAUUUGUUGCUGGUGUAUUAAAAUGUUUUGUUUGUUGCUUUUUGUCAGUGCUAUCAUUUAUUUCUGUGAUUAAAUAAAAAAUAAAGAUGUAUGCAAACAUAGCAGUCAAGUAGUCCUUCGCAAUCCACUAGAAUGAUACAACCGGUGAUAGUAA